AUGUCCCUCAACCCAGAAUUCGCAGCAGCUCUCGUAGAGCUCCGGGCGCAAGUAGCUGCCGCUCAGGGAAACAACCCGUCGCCAGCGGAGCCUAAUUUGGCAACACAGCGAGCGCAGCUCGCAGGCGCGAGUCAGCACAUCCAGAAGGUCUACGCAGGGGAUCUGCCUGCGGAGUCCACCUACACGUUCGAAGACAAGAAAGUGCUGGUCGAUGGUGGCGAGUUUAACGUGCGCGUUGUCAUCCCGGCCUCUGAAGACAAGGCAAAGACGUUCCCCGUGGUAGUCUGGUUCCAUGGUGGCGGUUGGGCUGCCGGAGAUCCGUGGGUAGAUGACUAUCAGCUUCGAAUCUUGUCGGUCGAGCUCCAGGUCGUGUCAGUCAAUGUUGAUUACCGACUGGCUCCCGAGCAUCCGUUUCCUGUACCCCUCACCGACUCCCUGGCGGCCCUCAAGUGGACUGUGGAGAACGCGGCUUCUAUCCACGUCGACCCGUCGAAGGGCUUCAUCAUCGGCGGCGACUCCGCAGGGGGCAACUUGACGGCGACCCUCGCACACAUCGUUCGGGACGACCCGUUCUUCAAGGACCAUCCGCUCACAGGCCAAGUUCCCCGUGAGCCUGUGAUCCUCCAUCCGAGUGCAUACCCAGAAGAGUUCAAGAAAGACCUCGUCGCCAUAGAGGAGAACGCUGCUAGCGCGACUCUUCCCAAAGAACAGCUGCUCUUCUUCAUAGGCCUAUACAACCCCACUCGUCUCGACGACCCCCGCUUCUCGCCCUACUACUUCCCCUCGCACGCCGGCGUCGCGCCCGCAUACAUCCAGUACAACCAGCGCGACCCCCUCCGGGACGACGCGGUCGUCCUCGAGAAGAUUCUCAAGCAGGCCGGUGUCAAGACCAAGUCUACGUUGUACCCAGACCUCCCGCACGCCUUCUACUACUUCACGCCCCACCUCGCCAUCUCGAGGCAGGUGUUCCGGGACACGAUCGACGGCGUCAAGUGGCUCCUGGCUGGUGCCCCCUGA